GGAAGAAGACGUCGGAGGGCGAAAAGCGCGCGCGCGCACACCUUCCCUUCCCUUUUUGACGCUGAAGCUGAAGAGGAAGGAUGUUUUUUUUAGAAGGAUGUUAGAGAAAUGGGAUGAAACGGUGUAUGUGUGAGUGUGAUUGUGGGGGGAGAUGCGUGUCUGGUCCUGUGUGUGUGGUGUGGUGGCUCUGGGUGUGUAUGCGACGACGGGCGUGUAACUAAGGCAACCGCCAACACGCGCGCGCGUCAGUGAAGCCUUUUCGGUCGGAAGUUUCAAGUCUGUGCCCUGAAGCAGGAGCAGAACGAGCGAGAGAGAACGAGCGACAAAGAAAAACGGAUCCCGUUUCUAUGCUACCGUGCAGAAAGCCGCCCAGUGCUUUUCGUUGCUUUCGUCUUGGUCAGCGUUGACGUGGUUUGCUUUUUCUGUAACACCGCGCACAGGAAAGCGAAAAAGGAUAUUGUGAAGCAAAAAGUCAUAGUUCAAACAGAGACCGAUAGUGAACAAACGUAAAAUUCGUUCUAAAGUGUUCAAAAAUAAACUCCCUUAAGUGCUCAAUAGUAGCUGAAGAACAAUUUCUACAAUCGUAUCACUUCAAACACCGGCCAAAUUGCUCUCGAGAAACUGUGGCUACGGUCUCACCUUUUGAUGAGUCUUCUUCGGUCGAUGCCGGACGGUUAGUGCAGCCUUUUUCUAAGCAUCCCAGCCCCAGCGAAACCGGCAAAAGCGAGCGGUUCGGUUUUUGUGCGUUUUGUUUUUAUCGUCCCCGGAAUCGGAACCGAACUGUGAAUCCGGCAGAGUUCUAGCGAAACGAGAUAUAUAUAUACAUCCCCGUAACGGACACAACAGGGUCUGUUAACGCUUUAAACCCAAGCGACGAGCGACAAAGCACAAAAGCUUGCCACCAGAGCAGCAGCAGCGUGCCACGAUGGGUGAAACCGACGAGAAGGAAACCGCACCGGCGGCAACGACAAACGAUACGACCAAACCGGAAACGCCGCAACCUACCGCCGACGGGCCAGAGGUAGAGGCAAAGGAGACGGAAAAGCUGCUCCCGGAGCCGGAACCGAAACGUUCGCCCGUCGCGCAGGCAGGAAACCCCCAAUCGAAGGCAGCGAGCAGUGAGAAUGUCGCCAAUGGGGAGGAAAUCAUCAACAUACCGGAGGAGGCACUAGCAGAUGGGGCGGACAAGGACGGUAAGAAGGACGCCGCCGCGACGGAGCAAGAACCGACCGAAACUGGCAAGCCGGACAAACCGAACAAGGUGCAGGCGGAGGAGCGCGAGGUAAAGCCGAAGAAGGUGCCGGCCGGUGCGUUCAAGCUGCCCGGCUUCUUCAACAAGAACAAGGACAAACCGAAGGAGGCGGACGGCGCGGACAAUGAGCUGCUGGAGAAGCACGGCGGUGAGAAUGGCGGAGAGGCUAAGGAGAAGGCGGCAGCCGAGGAGGGUAAGCCGGGCGAGGAGAAACCGAAGCGCACCGGUGGGUUCUUUGCCAACCUGAAGCUGCGCAAUCCAUUCGCCAAGAAACCGGCCGCGGCGGACGCGACCGGAGAAGCCGCUGCGGACAAGGAGGCUGGUGAAGAGGAGGAAAAGGAUGAGGUGACGGCCGAAGCAACGGAUAAGCCGGCAGACGCGGAAGCAGCCGGAGAUGCGGCAGAAGAGAAGAAACCGGCGGCAGAAGGCGACGAACCCGAAGUACAGGCACCGAAGAAGGGAUUGCUGGAGGCGCUGCGCGUUCCACUCGCGAGCAUCAUCCCCAAACGAUUCAAACCGGUGCCAGGCGGCGAACCCGACGAUGACAUUGAGCUGGGCAAAACGCCGAAGAACCGGGCCGGUCUGGCGUCGAUGGAAACGCUGGACGAUUCGCUGAAGGAUGCGGACACGAAGGACACGGUGGAUGCGAAGGGAGCGAAUGGAACGGACGGUGAAGCGCUGGUGAAGCCGGACGAUAAGGAGGUGAAGGAUAAGGCGGCCGAAGCGGAGGAGGACGCACAGGAGCGUAGUUUGCUGCAGCGGGUGCAGUCCUACCGGUGCUCAGUUGAUGACAUCGCCAUCAUUGCCGGUGUGGUGAUCUUCCUGAUCCUGGUCGCACUGAUCAUUGCCUUCACGUUCGUGGGUAAGAGUGAACCAAUCACCGCGCCCGUACGAGACGGCAAGUACAUCGAAACCGUGACAAACUGUGGCCGCGUCGAGGGCAUACUGGAGGAUGGGUCGUUCGCGUUCCGAGGCAUCCCGUACGCGGUACCCCCGGUCGGUCCAAACCGCUGGAAGGCGGCCCAACCGAUCGAAAGCAUCGAAAACUGCUGGAACGGUACGCUGAAGGCACACAACUCGACGCCCGUCUGCUGGCAGAUCUACGCCGACGGUAAGGUGGACGGUGCCGAGGACUGUCUCACGCUGGACGUCAUCACACCGCACGUACGGUACGACAAUCCGCUGCCAGUGGUGGUGCUGGUCGGUGCCGAAUCGUUCACCGGUGACUCACCCGGCAAGUUGCGCCCAUCGACACGCUACGCCCGCGCACGCGAUGUCAUCUUCGUGCGGCCCAACUUCCGGCUCAAUGUGUUUGGUUUUCUCGCGCUCGAGCAGCUCACGAAGAGCACUCACCCACCGACCUCGGGCAAUUACGGGCUGACCGAUCUGAUCGUCGCACUCAAGUGGAUUCAGCUGAACAUCCCGCACUUUGGCGGUGAUCCCAAGUCGGUGACGCUGUUCGGACAUCGGGCCGGCGGUACGAUCGUGACGGCGCUGGCCUCGUCCAACAAGACGAGCAAGCUGUUUGCCCGCACCUGGAUCUCGUCCGGUGCCGCCAUCUUCCCGGGCAAUCCGCUGGCCGAAUCGGAGAAGGAGAAUGCGCUGUACAUGAGCAAGAUUCGCUGCGAGGAUAGCAACUGUCUGAUGGAGAAGGAGGAUGAGGAGAUUCUGGACGCGGUGCCGGACGUGUGGCGUCGUACGUUCCCGGAUCUGCCGGCCGCGGACGAGAAUGCAACGGCCCGGCACGAGUGGCUGGUGCUGGACGGUAACAUUAUGCAGCAGCAUCCGGCCGACGUGUGGAGUGCGGACGUGUCGAACAGCGUGCGGUACGUGAUCGGGUCGACGACGCACGAAGCGCACAACACGAAGCUGCACCUGAAGUACACCGAAUGGACGCCGGAGCUGGUGACGCGCCACGUCAACGAGAGUGUGGUGGGCCGGUUGGGCCUUACGGAGGAAGCGCUGCGUCGGUAUAACGCAACAUACCAAGGGCUGGUGGCGAUGGUGUCCGACAUCCGCACGAUCUGUCCCCUGCUGACGAUCACGCAGAAGCUGCAGAGCUCCCAGUUCUACGUCGUGUCGCAGACGGGCGGUGAGCUAGGCAUUGCCGACGUCGACUCGGACGUGCAGGCCAUCCUGGGCCGGUACGAGCCGAAGACGCCCGAGCAGCGGCGGUAUGUAUCCGCGAUCCAGCAGCUGUUCUACCAUUACGUCUCGCACGGUGAGAUCAAGCACGAGCUGCGGAAAAAGCUGCUCGACAUUGGGCAGGACGCGCUGCCCACGUACAACACCGACAACUGCCUGUUCUGGAUCAAGAACGAUGUUGUGCCGCGUUACGCACGGUUAGAUUAAGGCGAAAGGCACCUGAGGGGCGUGUAAGCUGACCAAAAAACAUAAAGAAUCAACGACUAAAUGCGGAAUUGCGGGAAGAUUACACUGUCAUGCUGUCUUUUUGUACUACGGACUGGAUGGCAAUUUUUUUUUUUUGGAGCGUACGAGACGGAACAGUUCUGCUCGCAGAUAAGACAGAAACUCCCGCGGAUAUUAUGAACUCUAUACAAUCUUUGAGACGCCAGAUGACCAGUUAUACACUACUAUACAGUUAUACAAGUAUAAUAAUAAUCGAGUAGUCGAGAUCAUAUGAGACCAGACCAGGUGCUGCGUCAGUAUUGCGGUGGGCGCGCGCGCGUUACAGUAACUUACUUGCCAAAAGCGGGUCCACCAAUCCAGCAUCCGAUUCAGCUCAAACAAAUGAAGGUUAAUUGUACCGUGGAGCGAGUUUUCAUCGCAACGGAUUGCCACUUUUUUCGUGACAGUGUUUAAUAGGUAGCGCUUCUUUUUUUGUAGCAGCUAGAUAGCAGAUGGAAAUUCCAUUUUUCUAUUACCACCUUUGACGAGGGCAUUAGGAUAGCGCACUUUGUACGUGCGUCCUUCUCCUCUCAACCCUAUGAGCUAAAGCGUACAUAGUGAAGAAGCAGUAAGCGGGCAAAUUUUGAUAAAAAACAUUUUUCUCCCCCCAUAUGAUAUCUUGUGGCGUUCCACUGAUAAGGAAAUUAGUUGUAGCUGUGUUAGUUGUGGUAAGCGACAGUAUUCUAAACCGUGGAUGUGUUACACCUAUCACCAACAACAGACUCUUCUCAUCCAUUAGAACACACCUUUCAUAUACCUCCCGAUGAUCACUCAACGAUCGUUCGAGGAAGAUUUCAACUACUGCUCGUAGCUUUCAAAACAUUGAAUUCAGUCAAAUUACGCUUUUAAAAUAAUGUUCUACUCAAUCUCCGCUCUGUUAUAUUCGUACACUCUGUAUUAGGCAUAUAAGAGCAAUCGCUUCGCGCGCCGAACCAGGUUUGACAAGCCUGUGCAACAUUCGUUCCGUUUCCCUUCUCUCUCUAUAGCUUCGAGUAUAAUUUAUUUCGUUUUGGUACUAGUACUAGAAUAUGUUUCCUUUUAUCAUCCUACCCUACCCCACCCUACACACUUACAUAGCUUCGACAAUUGCUUAAAACACAACAAAAACGAGCCUUUUUAUAGAGAAAGCGAAGUAACGGUCUGCUAGGGAAAGGCUGUUUUAAUUUAUAUUGCAUAAAACAAACACGUAAUAACAUGUUCAAUUUAUACAACUAGCGCGUGUCGCGCAUUGAAAAGAACCAAGAAGAAUUUCCCAUUUUUUAACAAAUCGCAAACCCUUUUUGCUAGUGUAUUGAAAGCGGAGGACAGUGGAAAAGAAGCUGUGCAUUGGGGGAGACGAUCGUAGCAAAUAGUGAACGAUGAUGUUGAAUCAGAACUAAUAAUAAUAAUAUAAUAAUUCGAAAGAGGGAGUUAAAAGGAUACAAACAAACAUACAUUACAUACAAAACAAAGCAAAUUGUGUAAACUAUCGCAACAAAGCCGAAAGAGAGACAUAUGUGUAGUGUACUGAUGAUCAGUGCCGGAUCGGGCAGGAUACUUGAUGAGAGGGUGACCCGAUCCGAAUGUGAUUAGAUAACUAGAACAAAAGAGAACAGAACAGAGUGCAGAGGAAGCAAAAGAGCAAGCGACGGCAGCGGUGGUAUUAGUGAGCGUAAUUUUAGCCUGAAGAAACUCCUCCCUUUUCCUCCCUUCUUUACUGCAACAGACAGCAUCCUAUACCGUCGUGUAUUUGUUGUAAUUUAUAUUCUAUUUGGUAGGUUUUAAUUACGAUAUAAAUAUAUGUGUAUGUACGUACUCUA